GUUCGAGUUCCCUCGAAGGGGAACUAAUUUUCAACAUCUGGUUCAGUACAAGCAAGCUCAGGCAGUAGUAAGGAGGACAAUAAGACACACAAUGGAGGAAGUACUGUGAUUCUAUAGGAAACAUAACUCAGGAUGAGGAGAUGUGAGGAGCACCUUUUAAAAAGGAUCGGGAGACAGCAGGCUUUCACAGUGACAAACAGGCACCAUGAAGCUGGGACAGCGUCUCUCUGUUUGUGUCCUGCUGGUACUUUCUGUGACAUGGAGCACAAAUGCAGGGAACAUUUUGGUGUGGUACACUGAAGGCAGCCACUGGAUUAACAUGAAGCCUGUGCUGGAGACGCUGAUCGACAGGGGACACCAGGUGACGGUUCUUGUCCCCAGCGUGUCGAUGUUCAUGAACAGCAGUGAGCCUUCCCGCUUUCGCUAUGAACCCUUCAAUGUCUCCGUCUCUAUGGAGGUCAUAAAGGAGUUCAUGGAAGAGUUCCUUCAUUUCUCCAUGUACGAGAUGGAUCAUAUGAGCUACUUGCAGAUUUACAUCAGAUUCAUCAGUCUGAUGAAGUUCAACCAAAAUUACACUUUGAAGAAUUUGGACGGCGUCGUGAAAUCAGAAACCAUCAUGAAGAAGCUGAAGGAGGGAAAUUAUGACCUUCUCCUGGCUGAUCCCGUCUACGCCGGCAGUGACUUAGUAGCAGAGAUUUUGGGCAUCCCCCUGGUCUUCUCCCUGCGCUUUUCUCUAGCCCAUAACUGGGAGAGACAGUGUGGUCAGCUACCAGCUCCACCUUCCUUUGUCCCCGGCGCAAUGAGCAAACUGACUGACAAGAUGGACUUCUCCGAGAGAGUGCGGAACUUCCUCUUCUACGCACUGCAGGAUAUCGUGCUGGAUAAAAUUUUUUGGAAAGAACUAGAUAAAUAUUACUCUGAAGUCAAAGGAACACCCACCAGUGCCUGUGAAGUGAUGGGUAGAGCAGACAUCUGGUUGAUGCGAACCUACUGGGAUUUUGAUUUCCCUCGCCCUUUCCUUCCUAACUUCAAAUUUGUUGGUGGGAUCCACUGCAGACCUGCUAAACCUUUACCAGAGGAUAUGGAAGCGUUUGUGCAGAGUUCUGGAGACGCUGGCAUCGUGGUCUUCACUUUGGGAUCAUUGAUCAAGAACAUCACUACAGAGAAGGGAAACAUGAUCGCCUCAGCCCUCGCUCAGAUCCCACAAAAGGUGCUGUGGAGAUACAGUGGGGAAAAACCAAAGACGCUGGGUGCCAACACCAGAAUAUACGACUGGAUCCCUCAGAAUGACCUGUUGGGUCACCCCAAGACCAGAGCUUUCAUCACACAUGGUGGCACAAAUGGGAUUUAUGAGGCCAUCUACCACGGUGUUCCCAUGGUGGGUAUCCCCUUGUUCGGUGACCAGCCAGACAACAUGAUCCAUAUGAAGGCUAAGGGAGCUGCAGUAACUGUAGACUUUAACUCCAUGAAGACCGAGGACCUUAGAGAUGCAGUCAAUGCUGUCAUCAGCGAGAAAUCGUACAAGGAGAAUGUCAUGCGGCUGUCCAGUAUCCACCUUGACAGACCAAUGAGUCCUCUGGAUGAGGCGGUGUUCUGGAUCGAGUUCACCAUGAGAAACAAAGGGGCCAAGCACCUGAGGGUUCAGGCCCACAAGCUCACCUGGUACGAGUAUCACAGCCUGGAUGUUGUGGCCUUCCUCCUUGCUAUCAUACUGUUCUUGAUAUUCAUCUUCAUUAAGACCUGCAGUUUCUGCUUCCGGAGGUGCUGUGGCAGAAAGACAAAGACAAAGACAAAGGCUGAGUAACUGAUGGAACUGAAAUGUAGUUGGUAAACAGAUGGGUGAAAAAACAACCUUUAUAUAACUGCUGGUCUAAAGCAGAUCAUGCUUUAGCGUACUGUGAAUACUGUGACAUUUACUGGCUUGGGACAAGUUAUUGUUAGUACUUUGAAACCACUAAUCUGGGUCCAGUAUUGUUGUGAAUCUCCUGUGUUGUUUGAGUGGUCAUUUUCAUGGUAAAUAGGAAUGAUUUUGGUGUGCUAUUUGUUUCACACGUUUCGUAACCAUAAACUCAGUUUUUUAGGCUAGGGUGACUGAACCUUUAGUAAAAUCAUUGUAAACCUGUACAUAAACAUGUACUGGAUGCAUGAACACCAUGUCCUGUAUUUGCGUUCCAUAAUAUGUGGACAUUUUUCUUGUUCGCUCCUUUGUGUUUGACCAAUAAGUUCUCCAAUUGCAUGCUAAUUUGCAUAACUGAACCUGAGGCCAAUCUGACAUUAAAGGCUAAAUGUUCAU